GAUCUGCUUAUCAAAUUAUCUUGCCUUCAGCUGAUUGUGGUGUGAUUGGAUUUUUUAAGUUACACCUUGCAGUUGCAUGUGCACACUGCGUUUCUUUCCAACAUGACGUCAUUUUUUGUGCGAUUGCUAGCUUAUUUAGCGAUAUAGACAUGUGAUUUGAUGUGAACUUAUGUCAUCAGUAUCUUUUUUAGUUGAGCCCAAUGGAUCUGACAAAUUUACUAAAAAAGUAAUGUACCGGUACCGUACCACUACCAUUCAACUGCCAUAUUUUUAAAUUUUCAUUUAGUAAACAGGCUCUCUCUAGGCUUACCGUUACCUGUAUUUCUUGUGAAUUUUUGAACAUAAAUUUUACACUCUUCCCUAGUCUUCUAUGUAUCUUUUUUUGUUUGUCCUUCUUUCUUUCUCUUGCUUGAACAAAAACUAUAUUUCUGUAUUCAUUCAGUCAUUGCUGUUUAGUAUUCACAUAGCCUAUCUUCAAAUCAUUUUAGCAUCCUGUUCCGGUAGUUACUUGGCAAACUAAAUAUUUUUCAAUAUAUGAUGGCUGAUGUACCAGAUGAUGCACCAAAUCAUUGUCCUGGUACAGAAAGUCAAAAUGCUGGUAAAUCCGCAGCAUGUGCUGGGUGUCCUAACCAAAGCAUCUGUGCUUCGUCAGUUCCAAAGCCACCUGAUCCAGACAUAGAUGUGAUAAAGGAAAGACUGGAACCAGUCAAACACAAAUUGCUCAUUUUAUCGGGGAAAGGUGGAGUAGGGAAAACCACUGUCACAUCACAUUUAGCCUAUAGUUUUGCAAAAAAUGAAGAAAAUCAAAUUGGAGUGUUGGACAUUGACAUCUGUGGACCUUCAAUACCAGUGGUAAUGGGUCUGUCAGGGGAACAAGUUCACAAUAGUGGUUCCGGUUGGUCUCCUGUUUAUGUUCAAGACAAUUUGGCUGUGAUGUCAGCGGGGUUCCUUCUGUCAAGUCCGAAGGAUGCAGUGAUAUGGAGAGGACCAAAGAAGAAUGGACUAAUCAAACAAUUUUUACGAGAUGUAGAUUGGGAGGAAACUGACUACUUGUUGGUGGAUACUCCUCCAGGAACCUCUGAUGAACAUCUCUCAAUUGUUCAAUAUCUAAAAAAGGCAGGAGUGGAUGGUGCUGUCAUUGUUACUACACCACAGGAAGUGGCUCUAGCAGAUGUUCGAAAAGAAAUCAAUUUUUGUAGAAAAGUAAACGUUCCAAUUGUUGGGGUCAUUGAAAAUAUGAGUUGGUUUGUGUGUCCGAAAUGCACCAAAACAUCACAUAUAUUUCCUCCCACCACAGGUGGUGCUGAAAGCUUAUCGAAAUCGAUGAAUGUGAAUCUCCUUGGCAAAAUCCCAUUAGAUCCAAGAAUUGCCAAAUGCUGCGAUGAAGGAAAAUCUUUUCUUGAUGAAUUACCAGACUCUCCAGCCACCAAAGCUUAUUUAGAGAUAGCGGAUAAAAUUAAAACCUUUUGUAAAGAUACGAAGUUGAACAUGUGAAAUAUUAUUCAAUCUACAUCAUUAUUUUGGUAUUGUUGGUGUCUUUGCCUUCCUUGAACGUGAAGAAUCCUGACCAGUUGUGACAUAGUAUUCAGAUGCCUAUAAAAACCAGAAAUCACUUCCCAUUAUUUUGGUGAAAUUAAGCUGAGCCUGUUAUUGUUGCCUUUUUGAAGCAGCUAAAUCUAAAGUGAUGCUCGCUUUCAUUGAAGCAGUUGUCAUAUCCAAAUACAUGCUUUUACUGUAAGAAUCUGGUAGCAGCUUUAGCUAUUAAUAAAAUUGAAAGAAAAUGCGCGUGGACUUCACAAAAAUCUGUUUGCCUGAAUAGGCACCGUCCAUCUUUGUAUUCAUGCUAAAACACACGUCUGACCUGUCCUGCAGCUGUUGAUGUAGUUAUUGCAAAAGCUCUUGUUUGAUUUGUUCAUGCAUUUAUAUUAGCAAUACAUAAACAUUAUUUCCACAUGAACUAUUAUAAAUAAGCAAAAAUCUUUCAUUGUA